AUGUUGCCAGAUCAGAUUCUUGAGAAUCCUCAAACGAUUCCAACUCCAGAUUCGUCUGAAAUGAUGGCUGAAACAAUUCUGAAUUUCACAGAAACGCCUUCACAAGAAAAUGUCGCCUCAUGCUCAGCUGUUGGAAAGAAAAGAAAGCGACAAACGAUCGACUACAGCGAAGAAAUUGAUGAUGACGACUUUAGAAAAGACAGAGACUACUAUUUGGUGAAAUCAAAAUCAACACCGGUCUCUGGAAGAGGAAAAAACAACCCGAGACUUCCACCAACGACUCGUUUCAAUCAUUUGAUCGAGCUUGCAUCGCAGUCCGUUCCUUCGGUUCAUUUCAACAGCACGAACAAAUUCAAAGAGCACAGAAUCUUUUCGAAACCAGUUGAAGGCGAAACUCGACGACCUGUCGCCAAAUCAACCCUCUACAAAUUGCGUCCAAACCUUCUCCUAGCAACUUUCGUGCAGCUUGAAGAAUUUGUUAAGAACGCCGAGCGCCUGACACUCGCUACUGACGGGACAACCUCAAAAUCAAAUCGUCAAUGCAUGAACGUCGUAUUCAUCAACGAAGAAAGGGAAAAGCUGCUGUUCAUGAUCGUUGAGCUUUUCGGUGGAACAGCUGAAGAAAUCUUCACAGCCGUCACUCUUUCUAUCGACACACUGUCAUUUUCUGAUGAGAUCUGGAAGAAAACCGACUCAAUUCUCACAGACACCUGCCGUGCGCAAGAAGCUGCAAACAUGCAGAUAAUUGAAUUCAUCGACAAGAAGAGGAACUCCGAGAUUCCAGUGCAGUGGAUCUGCAAAAUCAGCGGCCAUCAUCGCGAAGAUCUCAAGAAUGAGCUCGACGAAGUGCGUGUAGAACUUGGCGACAAAUCUACAAAGAAAGCCUACUGCACCGACAUGGGUUCACGAAUCGGCUCUUCCAAGAAGAAUGCCGAGGGCCUUUUGCUUUACUGGGAGGCAACUGUCAAGACCAUCAGCAAAUACUCCGACCGCAAACGAGCAAAGGAACUUCUCCCACUCCUCCAAGAUAAACAACUAGCUAUUCUGAGCACAUCUCUGACACCUCUGAUUUGGGCUUCGUACUCAGGUCUUAUUCUCAGGGCAUCAGAGAAUGAAGAAGGCACGAUCGAAGAUGUCCGCAUUCAAAUGAAAUCCUGCCUCGAUGCUUUGGAGAAAAUUCUCGAAUCCAAACAGCCUUACGACGAUCUUUUUGAUGGAGUUCUGGAAAAUUACGAAGACUCAGAAUAUUUCCUGAAACUUCGAGAAUUCAAAGAGAUGCCAAGGGAUGCUAAACUUCGGGACGACCUGAAUGAGACGAUUCGACAGUGCCUUACAGAAGCAAAGAAAAAGUUGCAGAAAGAUUACAACCAGAUGAAAUCACUUCGACUUUCUGGUAAAUAUGAGACGUCUAAUCGCUUUUGCGAGAGUGUCUUUGCCACCCUGAAGUACAAGGAACAAACGAGCACUGGUUCCGCGCUCGCAAACAUUGCCGACCAAACUGUUGUUCAAGUUAACAAGCUGGGCAACUACCUGAGGAGAAUGAAAAAGAAACAGCGGGACGAGCUUUUGGAUAGAAUCGACAACUCGAACGAAGUCAAAACUACUCUGGAGGUUCGAAAGACGCUGAAAGAACGAUUUCGCAAGAAAAGGGAGGAAAUUCUAAAGAAAAGGGACGAAAUAAAGAAGAUCAAAAUCGAACGUCAGAAAAUCAAAGAAGAAAAAAGAGCAAAGAAGCCAAAAAUCGAGGUUUCAAAAACUCCAGUUCGCUCGACUCGUCUUUCGAAAAGAAGGCUUGAUUAA